GAGGAGUCGUGGCGGCGCGCGCGAGCCCUUAGACCACGUACCGUUGGGCUGCCGCGCGUGGUGGGGGCGGGGGUCAAGGCAGCGGGCCGAGCGAGCGGAACCAAUCGCUUUCCUGCUGGAGGGCUUUAUUUAAAAGACAAAAAUGGCAAUUGUAAAGAACUUGAGCAGAACUCUUAGUCAGUUGCUACAGAGCCCCAGUUGUGGAUGUCAGACUUCCCUUGUGCCAGUUAGAUGUAUUGGUGUCUCACCACGUCAGGUGACCUCAGAUGCCAACUUUCAUUCAGUAUCUUUUUCAGAGACUGAUCAUCCUCGAGUGUUAAUUACAGGGGGCCUGGGCCAACUUGGGGUGGGACUUGCUAAACUCUUGAGGAAGCGUUUUGGAAAAAACAACGUGAUCCUGUCUGACAUUAGAAAACCACCAGAUCAUGUCUUUUAUAAUGGUCCUUUUAUCUACUCUGAUAUCUUGGACUACAAGAAUCUCCGUGAAAUAGUGGUGAACAAUCGAAUUACUUGGCUGUUUCAUUAUAGUGCUUUGCUCAGUGCUGUUGGAGAAGCAAAUGUUCCUUUGGCCAGAGCUGUAAACAUUACUGGUUUGCACAACGUUCUCGAUAUUGCAGCUGAGCAUAGUUUGAGACUCUUUGUCCCUAGCACAAUUGGAGCCUUUGGACCCACCUCUCCCCGAAACCCAACUCCGGAUCUCUGCAUUCAGAGACCCAGGACGAUCUAUGGAGUCUCCAAGGUUCAUGCUGAGCUCAUGGGAGAAUACUACCACUACAGGUAUGGGCUAGACUUCCGAUGUCUGAGGUAUCCUGGAAUUAUCUCUGCUGACUCUCAGCCUGGUGGGGGAACAACUGACUAUGCAGUCCAGAUUUUCCAUGAUGCCAUAAAGAAUGGCAAAUUCCAGUGCAAUCUAAAAUCAGACACACACCUCCCAAUGAUGUAUAUCGAUGACUGCCUGAAGGCUACGCUAGAUGUCAUGGAAGUGCCUGCCGCUUCACUUAGCAUGAGGACUUACAACAUCAGUGCCAUGAGCUUCUCUCCUGAGGAGCUGGUGCAAGAGGUCAAGAAGCAUAUUCCUGAGCUCCAGGUGACCUACAAUGUGGAUGCUGUCAGGCAAGCCAUUGCUGACAGUUGGCCGAUGAACUUUGAUGACAGCAAUGCCCGGAGAGAUUGGGGAUGGAAACAUGACUUUGAUCUUUCUGAACUGGUGACCACAAUGUUUAACAUCCUUGGCUCUGACUCCCGGGUAGCCCACAUUAACUGAAACUCCUUUUCAAACCUGGUUUCCAAACUCCGACAGAGGACCAGGGAGAAACUGCUGAAUUAGUUCAUUAUGCUCUAAGUCUUAUAGCAGGUAAAUUAUAAACUUUACAUAUAUUGCAAUAGAGUUGGGGUUUAAAUACUAUAGUUUGAAUUCAGUGUGGUUAUUUGAGACAGUACCAAAUUAUUUAGUAAAACUACAGCAUCAUUAAAUGAGAAACAUAUAGGAUUCUUGAAUUUUAGCAUUUAAGAAGCUAGAAAAAAAAAUCUCACUAUAGGGCUGGUAAUGCUAUGCAGUCAUUCCUACUGCCUGAGUAUCCUUCUGAAAACAACACAUGGCAACAUUACAAAGCCUUGUGCUUAGACACAUACUGAAGGAUUGACAAAGUAUACAUUAAUCAAUCAUUUCCUUAGUGGAGGUAGCUAAUUGUGGAUUGUAGGAAGGUGGGAUUGUCCCUUCCCUCUCCCACCAACAGUUAAGAGAUCAGAAGAGUCAUUUUAUUUUUAAACUUGACAAUGGUCAUUAAAGGUUAUUCAUUUUAAAGGGAAACCUUUUAGUUAAUAGUUCAACCUUAUAGCUAGGUAUAGUGCUAGGUAAACCUGCAAUUUGUUUACAGAUGAGAUUCAGAAUGUUUGUAGCAUUAAUCUUAUGUCCAUAAAUGUAAAGGAAAAUAAGACUUGAAUUCAUGACACUUUUAAAAAUACAGGGUUUUCAAAACAAGCUUUUUUGUGUUCUUUAGAAAUUCUGUUUACUUCAGUUUUGUUGUAAAGAUGAAUUUGGGACACUAAAAAUCUAUGUUGCAUAUCUGAAUCUAUAGCUAUCCUAUUUAAAGUAGGCAAUGCCCAGGAAUGAGCUCACCUUUAAUUAGUACCACAUUUGGCCUGUUUCCAUUCACAUUUACUCCACCAUUGUGAUCAUAUGCUGCAGAGAGCAAGUUUUUAAAGGUAGGUUGAGACUUGUCAGUUGUAAAGCUGAGCCAGUCUUGAAAAUACCUGUUCCAUUCACUGUACAGUGUGCGCUAUGUAUAUGUGUAUUUGUAGAUACUAUUUAUGUGUAGAUAUAAUAAAUUUGUAUGCUUCAGAGGAGUGGAAUCCAGAA